CUAUUGUCAUCUCUUCACCGCCACCUCAUCAACUUGAUAUCCAAACUUGAUAUCCAAGCUCGAUAGCGACUGAUAACACGACAAAAAAGACGUCUAUACCAGCACUACUUUUCCGAAGAAGUCAAAUAUCCCAAAUAAUGAUAGCUAAUUAUACCAAAACGUAAUUAUUUGCACCAAACACAAUCCACUGACGCAGCUAAUCGCCAUGUUGCUCCUCUCACCGAUGAUCCUCCCCAACCGGCCCGAGAGCGGCACACCAGGACUUAACUCGAUUAACUCCGACUCCACAAUCAGCGCCAACGAUUCUCAGAUGGACUCAAACCAAAUAAAUCCCAGCAAAAUGCCGCUCCUUAAUCCUUCUAGUCGCAUUGGUCUCACAUAAAUAAGCCUUUUUGACACCUCUGGGCGCCGUUUCCUCAAAACCACGACCGCAGCCACAACAAUCACUAAUUCUCGUUCUCAUUCUUCUAUUAUCACAUUCCCAGCAAUGGCGGCACCGUCCUGUAAAAACUGCCUUACGGGCUAUAUGAAGACUGAAAAGCCUACCGGCACUGUAUCGACAAUUCAUGGCCUCGAAACCUACGUCGCUACGCCCCCGAACGCCCCCAAAGGGCUCAUCGUCAUGAUCCCAGAUAUUUUCGGGUGGGAAACAAACAACAGCCGUCUCCUCGCCGACAGCCUCUCCCAAGACGGCGAUUUCCUCGUCUACCUCCCUGACUUCAUGAAUGGCACCGCACCACCCCCUGGCACAAUGGAAUUAAUGGACUCCCUCCUCGGCCCCUCCCCCUCCCUCGCCACAACCAUCUUCUACAAACCCGUCUGGGCCGUCCAAUUCGCCAGCGCCGCCAUCCCAUUCUUAGCGCGCAACCGCGACGCCGUCGUGCGUCCACGGAUCUACGAUUUCCACCACGCCGUGCGCUCUGACCCGUCCACCGCACAUCUCGGGUUAGGAUCAGCGGGGUACUGUUGGGGGGGUAAAUACACGAUCCAUCUCUGCCAGGAAGAUGGGAUGGUAGACGCCGGGUUCGCCGCGCAUCCGAGUAAGGUGGCGUUUCCGCAGGACUGGGAAAAGGUCGCCAAGCCGCUGGCGGUGGCGAUUGGAGAUGUGGAUAUGGUGAUUGGGAUUGAGGAUGUGAGGAAGAUUGAGGGGUUGUUGGAGGGGAGGAAGGAGCUGGAGAGUGAGGUUAGGGUGUAUGAGGGCGCGAAACAUGGGUUUGCGGUUAGGGCGGAUCCGAAGGAUGAGGGGCAGACGAGGAGUGCGGUGGAGUCGCAGAGGCAGUCUUUGGAGUGGUUUGGGAGGUUUUUGAAGGGGAAGGGGAAGCAGAAGUGAGGGGGUGUGCUAUUAAAUUGCUUAGAAGGCUUGUUUUCAGACGCCAAUUGCUAACGGACUUCGAU